GCUUUUGUUUUUGCAUUAAUAAUAGUUACAAAUGAUUCUACUAAUACUAUGCGAUCUUCUCAAUGAAAAAAUUUCGGUAAGAAUCAAGAAAUUUAAUUAAUGCCAGCGGCCGCUGCCCGCCGCUGCGUUCAAUUAUAAGAAUUAGGUGGACGCUAACAAGUAACCUGGAGAGUAUCUCAAACGAAAUAUUUCGAAAAGCAUUGCUUUUAUAAUCAGAGACACAUAAUUUACGAAUAUAUCAAGUGUGACCAACCAAAGAGUGCAUGUGCAAAUUAUAGUUCAGCGAUUUGAUUAUGCUUAGCGCCCAUAUUACUAGAAUGUCGUCAUCCAUUCGUUGGGCAUUUAACUGGAAAGAGUGGGAUCCAAGUGUGCAGGUGCUCGAGGAAGCGACUUCUUGUCUACAAAAUGAUGAGAGAGAAAAACUACAAAAUUUUGUGUUUCGUAAAGAUAUUCGAGCUUCCCUCAUCGGUAGAUUAUUAAUGAGAAAAUUUGUCAAUGAAUAUACCGAUAUUCCAUAUAACAGAAUUACUUUUAUCAGAGAUGAAAACUACAAGCCCGUAUUGAAAGAUAAGUCCGUUAUAAUAGAUUUUAAUGUUUCUCAUCAUGGUUCCUAUACGGUAUUAGCGGGCGAAGUUAAAAACGUGAAAGUAGGUGUAGACAUUAUGGUAUUAGAUUACAAUAAGGAUAGAAACCUUACUCAUUUUUUUCGUUUAAUGAAGAGGCAAUUUUCUGAAGCCGAAUGGGAAGAGAUCAGAAGCGGUAAAUCGAAUGCGGAGCAAUUGUAUAUGUUUAAUAGACACUGGGCAUUAAAAGAAAGCUAUACUAAAGCGAUUGGCACAGGGGUUUCUACUGACUUAAGAACUUUAGAUUUUCGAACAAAUUCAAAAUUAACCGAAGAUUCGAUUAUAACCGAUACAGUCUUGUUUAUCAAUGGAAUUAAGCAAAAUUGGUUGUUCGAAGAAUCCUUACUCGAUUCACAACAUUGCGUUACCGUAGCAUUACAAAAAAAUGACAAUUCAUUACAAUUACAUAAUACCCGAUUCAGGAUUAUGAAUUACGAUGAACUUAUGUUGCAUGCAGUUCCACUUUGUCCGAUAGAUUCACAAUUUAUAACUCGAUAUUUUAUGAAAUCUGAACAACCAUUUUAAUUAUUCAUAAGAUAAUAUUGAAA